UGUGUGUGUGUGUGUGUGUGUGUGUAAAACCUGCGACUAGAUAAAAGAGGCAUGUCAAAGCCUUCUUGGGCAGACACUCCUGACACCGAUCAGACCUCGCACACGACGCUGCACUACAGUGUGAAGGAAGAAUCCUCCAAGAUGUGUUGCUCCGGGUUUCUCCGCAUAAUGAUGUUCAUCUUCAACGGCGCCAUCUUUGUGGCCGGCGCCGCCGUGCUCGGCGUGGGCGUGUGGGUGAGGGUGGACAGCGGCUCCUUACUGGGUUUACUGGACAGCGUGGAGGACGCUCCGUCCGGUGUCUCUCAGCUGGCCAACGUCACCUACCUGCUCAUAGCCGCGGGGGCCGUGCUCCUGGUCAUUGGCUUCCUGGGCUGCUGCGGCGCCGUCAAGGAGAGCAGGUGUAUGCUGCUGACGUUCUUCAGCAUCGUGCUGAUUAUUUUCCUGGCCGAGGUCGCAGGAGCUGUGGUGCUCUUCGUCUUCCACGGCUUAGCCAGUCAGCUUUUCCUGGAUCUGCAGAAGGAGGUCAAGAAAAGCAUCCAGAAAAACUACGGCGGCAGUGAGAGUGUGACGUCCCUGUGGAACUCCACAAUGGACGAGUUCAAGUGCUGCGGAUACAGGAACUACACAGACUUUGACAACUCCCCCUUUUAUGAGGAACACAAGGGAAACGUUUAUCCGAUCCCAUGUUGCAACGCCACCAUCGCCACCAACGGCGUGUGCGACAAACAUAGCGCCGAAGUUUCCAUGAUUGACGGCUGCUUUGACAAGCUGCUGCAGCUCAUAGAGGACAAUGCCGUGAUCAUCGCUGCGGUGGCUCUGGGAAUUGCUGCUCUGGAGGUCGCUGCAAUGGUGGUGUCAAUGGUUCUCUACUGUCAGAUUGGCAACAAGUCAUGAUGUCGCCUUUCCAGCAUGUAAUUCUGGAGCGACUGGCCACAUAGGAGGAGUGCUUUCUUUAGUUGUUAGAUAUUUUUUUAUGAAAAAGUGACAUAAGCUAUUAAAACCAAUGAGCACAUUUCUACUGAGUUAGUCCUGUUCUACUGUCGGGUGACACCGUGGGUGCUGAAGCAUGUAGCUGGUCAUAUGUAAUGAAGCACUGUGGAAAGGAUCUAUGACUUGCAUCACAAAAUGUGUGUCAUAGUUUGUGUUUUUGUAUAUUUGUAUGAUUUAAAAUAAAUAAUAUCACAGUUCUGACUGAAAAUA